CGACUUUCUGGGGACAGAAGCACAGUCUGACCUCACACAGUUGCAGAGAUGGAUAAUCAAAGAGUAAUUUACUCUGAAAUGAAUCUGGCCAAAAAUUCAAAAAGGCAGCAAAGGAAAUCUAAGGACUCUAAAAACUCCAUUUCAGAAACCAAACAGGAAAUAACCUAUGUGGGAUUAAAACUUCAGAAUGCUGCUGAGGAUCUUCAAGGGGAUGACAAAUCCUACCAAUGCAAAGAUUUACUGUUUCCUCCAGAGAAGCUCACUGCUGGGAUCCUGGGAAUUAUCUGUCUUGUGUUAAUUUUCAGCGUGGUAACAAGAGUUGUCAUUCUCUCAAUACAGAACCGGAACAAUUCAUUCCAGAAUGCAAGCAUUGAGAAAGCAUAUGAUUGUGGCCGUUGUCCAGAGGAGUGGUUCAAAUAUUCCACCAAUUGUUAUUACAUUAGUAAGGAAUUCAAAACUUGGGAUGAGAGUGUGACGGCCUGUGCUUCUAACAACUCUAAUCUGCUUUACAUAGAUAAUGAAGAAGAAAUGACAUUUCUGGACUCCCUGCUACUUCAAUCAUGGGUUGGAGUCUUUCGUAACAGCAGUGAUCAUCCAUGGGUGUCAUUACAUGGCUCAACUUUCAAACUUCAAAUAGCAGAGACAGAAUAUAAGUAUAACUGUGCUAUGCUACAUGAUGGUAGUCUUCGAUCAGAUGGAUGUGAAUCUUCAAAAAGAUAUUAUUGUAAGCACAGCUUUAGAAGUAAAGCGUCUUGAAUUUGGAGUCAGCCAUGUAAUUUUUAUAUUUUGUG